AGACCAGUCCUCCCACUUCAAAGCAACUGGCGUUCAAUAGCGCAAUAACUUUGCUUCCAUAUAUCGAAAGCAUUCCAGGAUAAACGAAUGGUAUUCAAUAAAUCGAUCGAAGGUAGCAAAAGCGAAGUGUGCUUGAUAAAGACAAGACUACGAAAUCACCGACAAUUAGGAGUAUUUGUGAUAUUCAAGUGCAACAAACAUGACAGACCCGAAAGCGAUUCUUAAAAAGUCCUUGAAAUGGAGCGAAACGGUGACAUAUUUAUCAAACUUACAAGACGACAACAAACUUCCAUUAAUUGUCCAAGCUACUGAGAAUUUCUCUGACGAAGAGACAAGCAUCAAAGAAGGUCAAAUACUAGUUUUGCACGAGUUGCACUCGGCGUUCUAUCUCCAUGGUGUAGAUGAUCACAAUAAACGUGUGAGGGUGGCAUUGUCGUACUCAACACCAGCCUAUGUCUGCCCGGUGAAAGAAAAAUACGGAUUAUGUGAUGUUGAAGGUUUGAAAAAAAUUUUCCCCAAGUUCCAGUACAUCAGAGUACAUGAUUGCGCUGGCGAUUCGGGAAACGAAGCGCUUAAAAAGGGCGAGAUACUGCAGAUAAAGAAGAUUAAAAAGACCAAGAAAAUAGUGUUGUGUCAACACAUGUCGACCUCCACAGAUGUCACGUUGAAAUUCACAGAUCCUAUGAAAUUCAUGCCGCUUAAAGAUCAUCAAGCAUUUACUCUAUCGGAAAUCGUCGAUAAGUACGGUCUACCAGUACGCGUGUGCUUCGAAGAUGCCAGUAUGGAAGUCUACAAAAAGAGCAAUGGUGAUCUCCACUAUUUAACUGGAGUGAGAUUGGAUCGGCAAAUUAUGGAGACAUUGAUACUUGCAACAACUAAAGAUGAUGACGGAUGCCUUGGUCUACCGACAAAUAUGUCGACACCGUUCACAAUUGCGGAAGCUUCGCUGCAAAAUGUCAGAGCUAACAAAAAUAUCAUGAAACAGUUACAAGCCGAAUUUCAAACGAAGACUCUCGAAGAGAAAAUAUGCGUUUACACCUUAUAUGCCCCCAUAUUCCGGUACGGUUGGUCGAAAAACGAAGGUACGACGAACACUUUACGUCGGGAACCGGAAAACACCACGGAAGUAAACGAUGCAACGGCAGUCGAGAACGAAAGCCAUUACGUAGAUAUGAGGCGCGGCAGCGGACCAAAUAACCUUUACGUGAACACGUUCAACGGAGCUAGAUGUCCACUAUCUUUCGACUACGGUAAUAUACCAAAAACCUUUUCUCACCUUCAAACUCGAUCCGAACGUGAAACGUACAACGCAUCCACAGGUCGUGACGUUCUUCAUAAACCUUCAAUAAACAACAACGACGAUUACGAAGAAGUAAGGCCGAGAAUAAUGUUCGGGGGUAAUGCGGGCAGGGAUAUGAAACGCGGGCGAAGUUACGAGAACGUGUUGAUUCUAAACCACGGUAAUAUGUACAAUAAACAAGGGCAGAACUUCAAAGGAAAUGGUGGAAGUCCCAGACUUAAGUUGGCACGAAGUUACGAGAAUGUUAACCGCCUCAACUCUUCAAAAACACUACCUUAUGAAUAUUUUGCGCCGUACGCAAGACGGAAACCUGGAAAUUCCUACGAGAAUAUCACUCCUCUCAUUAGAAAGACUCACAUGAAAAGCAACGGAGAAAUAGUUUAAACUGCUAGUCUGUCAAAUGAAAACAAAAGGAACAGUUUAACAUACAUGGGUAUGGUAAAGAAAGUCUUGUAGGUCAGUUUGCCAUCCACGAAAGCAGGGGUGCACACAUAAGGCAUAGGGGAGGGGUAUUACAACUUCAGCUUGUGUAAAAUAUAAAAGACAGGUCAGAAACGUAUUGAGAUAAGUGAACUAAAAUGCAUGAUGUUUGGCCAACACACAGACAGUACCAAAGUGUACAGAGAACAACUUUUGAGAUGUGCACGCUUCUUACCCAAAGGAUAGUAAAAAUGAUCUUUUUUGUCAUAUAGAACAUUUUCACCAGCAAAAUAAUGUAGUUUGCUGGAUACAUUCGGUGAAAAUGCUCUAUUGGCAUAAAUAAUGUAAUGGUAUUGGUACACGAUGUAACAUGUUAACUAAGUUAACCAUCAUGCAUUGCAAAAUGAUGAGUGUAGUGCACUUUGGUAAAUGAUUUAACCAUCAUGUAUUGCAUAAUGAUGAAUGUUGUGCACUUUGGUAAAUGAUUUAACCAUCAUGCAUUGCAUAAUGAAUGUUGCGCACUUUGGUAAAUGAUUUAACCAUCAUGCAUUGCAUAAUGAUGAAUGUUGUGCACUUUGAUAAAUGAUUUAACCAUCAUGCAUUGCAUAAUGAUGAAUGUAGUGCACUUUGGUAAAUGAUUUAACCAUCAUGCAUUGCAUAAUGAUGAAUGUAGUGCACUUUGGUAAAUUAUUUAACCAUUCAUCAUUGCAUGACAAUGGAUGCAAUGCAUGAUGGUAAGCAAGUUAACUGACCAUUAUGCAUUGCAACCCUGUUCAUGCAGCUUGAAGUUUUUACUUUGUCAUGCCAAAUUUUCAGUUCCAGUGACAGUCUAGGGUAGGUCAAAAUAGAUUACAGAGGCUCAUUUUAAAUUCAAAAUACUUUUAUAAAAAUACUGGAGUCCAUAUUUUCUAAAGAAUCCUUACGGCCAUAUUACCACAAAUUUGAUUUGCUCUUAAGUAUUUAUAAUAAUGGAAAAACAUUUUUAGUAAUAUAUUCUGACCUAUUGCUGAUUUGCUACUACCCAGUUGCCAUCUUCCGUUUUAAAAUAUUUAACAAUGAAUAAUAUUUCGAGUUUGUAAUAUAUGCCAAAUGAACCAUUAUUAUAUAUCAUUAUUACCUUCUUCAUGAAUUCUACAUAACUAAUAGUAAUCAGAUGUGAUGCUAUAGACACCAACAACUGACAUUGUUUAAAAGUCAUGAUUUGUUACAAAUAAUAUUUAAAUUUUAAUAUGAUGUGAUGUAAAAUUCACACAAGGGUAAUUCUCUGAAAUAGAGCUUGCCUAACGGUUCAAAACUACUUGUAUAAUAUUUUAAUAUAAGGUAUAUAUUCGACUUUAAAUUUCAAUAUUUGGAUGUAGUACUUUGUGUAUGAUUCAUAUAAAAGUUCACAGA